AUGGACCCUACCAUCAAGCCCUUUGCCGGAGCUCAUAGCCCCGAGGGUUCCGACAAGUUUCUCGCCAGCACCACAGCCAGUCGCAACGAAGCGGUCAUCGUUGGCGGAGUCAUGAUCGGUUCUGUGCUCUUUGUCGCCCUGGUCGGGGUUGCUUGUAUGUUCUAUAAAGGGCGGGUGCGCAAGAUCAAGGCUCGGGAGGUCAAGACUGCUGAUGCGGCGGAUUUCGCUUGA